CCAAUUUGUUUGUGCCUUGUUUAUUGAAGCUUGACCUAAGACGUGUACUCAAAUUCGAUUCCCUUCCCACACGAUUCGUUGAAAACCAGUUUGGUACGAUCCGAGCCGGUUUCAAACCAAACCUAAAACUUAGAACCCUUUCUCCAAUUCUCUUCCAAAACAAGCCCUAAUUCAAUACCUUCGUCCCAUCCCUCGUCUCAGUUACCUCCAUCCUCUUCCGGGCGAUAAUCCAACAAUUUCUUUUCGGUUUCAAUUCAGAAGGAAGAAGAAAAGAAGCGGAACAAGUUGGAGUGUUUGUUCUCUUUCUGUUAAAUCGACUUGAAACCAGUGUAUAUGCUAGUAAUUGCAUAGGAGCUUCCAAGUUUGCGGAGGUACCGGAGGUUGAAUGCAAUUACGCUGUUGCUGAGAACUUUGCGGAUCUAAUAAUGCAAAGUGAAAGCCAAGUUGUGGAUAGGAUUUUAUCUUCGUAUGAAAAUGAUGAAGAGUAUAAUUUCUUCGGUGGAGAUGAAGAAAACCAAGAUUUUGUGGAAGAGGAUGAAGGAGGAGAUGAGGGAAAGCAAGGUGAUGAGCAGAUGAAUGAUGCUAUCACUCAAAGGCAAGGAGAAGGUAUUGCGGGUCCGGAUGAGAAUGAUGAGUUUUGUCCAUUUGUUGGCAUGGAAUUUGCAACCCAAGAUGAGGCACAUGUCUUCUAUAUUCGUUAUGCUAGAAAGAUGGGAUUCAGUACUCGAAAGCAUUCAACUUCUAAAUCCCAACGUACUGGCAAAGUAAUAGGUCGUUGCUUCUGUUGUUCCCAUCAAGGAUAUAGUAAUGCCAAAACCAUCAGAGUGGAAGAUAAGAAAAAACUACGCCCAGAAUCAAGAACAGGGUGCAAGGCAAUGAUGUGGAUAAGAAGAAAAAAAGGAGAUAGAUGGGUUGUAAGUCAGAUUAUAAAAGAGCAUAACCAUAUUUUGGCAUCUCCGAGCACCAGGAACAAGCUUCAUCCUCACAGAAAAAUAACUGAAGAUCAAGGGGAGGUUGUCCAAAACAUACAUUCAAGUGGACUUCAAACUAAUCUCAUGAUGAACUUUAUGCAUCUUGAAACUGGGGGAAGUCACCAUCUUGACUUUGCAUUAAGAGACUCGAGGAAUUUUUUGAGUACGAGACGACAAAGAGAGCUUCCAAAGGGAGAUAUAGAAAUCAUACUUGAUUACUUUGACUGUCAACGAACAAAAAAUCCUUUAUUCUUCUAUUCAAUUCAAGUUGAUUCAGACGGUCAAAUGACAAACUUUUUUUGGGCUGAUGCUAGGUCAAGAUUAGACUACCAUUUUUUUGCUGAUGUGGUUUGUAUUGACUCAACAUAUGGCACAAGUAGGUACAAUAUGCCUUUUGUCCCAAUUGUAGGUAUUAAUAAUCAUCAUCAGACUGUGUUAUUUGGUGCUGCAUUACUUUUUGAUGGAGCAGAAGAGUCAUUUGUGUGGCUGUUGGAAACAUUUAUGCGGGCUGUGGAUGGCCUGCAUCCCAAAGUAAUUUUUACUGAUCAAGAAUCAGCAAUUGCAAGUGCAAUAAGUCGAGUUUUUCCAGGUACACAUCAUCGGUUUUGUUUAUGGAACAUAAUGGGAAAUGCUGCAAACUACAUGCCUCAUAUAUUUAAUGCUCAUAGUGGGUUUGCUCGUGACUUUGAGAAUUGCUUGUGUGGUGGUGAGACAGAUGGGGAGUUUGAAUCUAUCUGGGAAGGGAUGCUUUUGAGUUAUGGCUUGGGGGGAAAUCUAUGGCUCAUGAGGUUGUAUGAAAAGCGAGAGAAUUGGGCAUGGAUUUAUACACGUGAUAUAUUUUGUGCAUCCAUGUGCACCACUCAUCAUAUUGAAAGCAUAAAUGCUUACUUUGAUAGAUACCUGAAAAGGAAUAUGCCUUUAUGUGAAUUUUUAAAGCACUGUGAUAAGGCUGUCAUAGCUCGGAGAAAAGUAGAAGACGAUGAAGACCUCGAGACCAACCAUAAGAAGCCCGUUUUGAGGGUUGGCAUGGAUAUUGAAGAAGAGGCAGCUAAAGUUUAUACAAGAACCAUUUUUCGGAAGUUUCAAGAUGAGUUAGUUCAAGGCCUUAAUUACCGUCAUGAAAAAAUUGAGGAAAAUGGAACAAAGUUCACCUAUGGAGUGUGGAAAAGGGAACAAGAACAGGCAAGGUGCAUUGUCACAUUUGAUAGCUCUAACUGUAAUUCCAAGUGUAGCUGCCAGCUGUUUGAACGAGCUGGUUACCUUUGUAGACACAUAUUGAAGAUAUUUGUGGUUGCUGAUGUUCAUAAUAUUCCAACUCAAUACGUUUUGAGAAGGUGGAUGAGAGAUGUGAAAUCAGAACCUCUAGUGAAUGACCAGGGUGAAGAAGUACGAUUUGGAUGUUAUAACCUUAUGUCAAUUCGAUACUCCAAUCUUUACUGUGAAGUACUCAACAUUGCAUCAAAGGCUGCUGUGACUGAUGAAGUGUACAGGAUCGCAUUGAAGGGGCUACACACUGCAUUACAGGAAGUUGAAAUUGCAUUGCAAAAGGUAUCGCUUGGUCCCACAGAGCACUCGAAGGAUGUUGGAAGCACACAUGAUAACAUUGGUCAAGGGCUACCAAAUCUUAGGGUUACCUCUUGGAUUGGCAACUGGCCUGAGCUAGAUAAUGUGUAAAGCUUCCCAUUGAACAUAGUUUCUUUCUGCCAUCAAGUUCUAGCUUUGGCUCAACACUAGGAUCCUCUUCUUAGCCAGAUAGGUUGUGGGUGGCCUAGAUGUUGGAUGGCCAAGUUUGUUGUAAUGUUUGGAAUGAAUGAGGUGUAAGCUCCAUUCAUGAUGAUGGGUUGGUGGCCUGUCGCAAUGACAUCUUGUAAAAAUUUAGCCAUAUCUGUUUUGUAAAUAUUAAGGAUCAUGAUAGUCUUUGUAUAAGUAGUUCUUUAUCUGGAGGAAUAUUCCUUGA